AUGACUAUUCAACUUGUUUUACUUAUCAUUACCAUUACCGGUAUUGUGAGUUCGUCGAAUAUCCGGUAUAUAAGUGGAGAACUUGAUUCCGCUAUCUCAUUUCGAUGUGAAAUUGCUCAAUUACCAUUCAAUGCCGUUAUAACUUGGGUAUAUCGACCAAAAAUUCCUACAAUAAAUGGUAUAAAAUGGUUACCAUUAUAUGCCAAUGCACGUCGUUUAACACAAAAUAAUCGACGUUUUAUAGUUGAUUACAGUGGUUUUAAUGUUCAAACACAAACACAUCUAUCAAUAUUAACAAUAAAUCAAUUAAAUUUAUCUGAUGAAGGAAUCUAUAUGUGUAAAUCAAAUCAACAUCAAUCAACAGCAAAUAUUUUUAAUUUAACUGUAACUCCUUCAAUGAAAAUUCUUCCAAAUGAUGGAAUUAUUGAAUUAAAUCGUUAUCAAUCAUCAAUUAAUUUAUCAUGUACAGUACGAGAAUUAUCAACAAAUAUAAUUGAUCCAUCAAAAAUCAAAUGGUAUCAUAAUAAACAUCAUAUAAAUCAACAUAAAACAUCACAUGUAAUUAAUAAAUAUCCACAUAAUAAUCAAGCGACAUUAAUAUUAUCUAUACAUAAUUUAUCAUUAAAUGACUCAGGAUUAUUUGAAUGUAUUUAUAAUGAUGAUAUAAUAAGCAAAGAUGUUCAAAUAUUUUAUACUUCUUCGGUGCUUGGAUAUUCUAAAUCUAUAAGUCGAAAGCUAAUAUCUUCAUGGAUAUUAUUAGUUUAUAAUAUAAUCAUCAUUUUUAUUGUAACAUGA